AUGAGAAAGAAUGAAACGGAUGAUGAGAGAAUGAGAGAGACAGAAAGAGAGAAAAGAGAGUGACGGGGAGGAGAAGAGGAGGAGGAUCUGGAAAGCUGUCUCACACACAUACACACACACACACAUACACACACACACACACACACGUGUGCACACACACACACAUACACACACUUCCACACGGGGAAGCCCAGGAGAGUACAGGUGGGAGUGGAUUAGAGGAAGACCAAUUUCGUCUCAACAUCCUAGUGAAGUCAAAACUUGAGGCUCAAUCUGGAGAAACCAUCUGCUUCAGUCUGCUUCGUCUCAUUGGACCUAAUCUGAACAGAACAAAUAAACCCAACACUGAGUCUGACACUGAUUGAGAGAACACACAGGGUUUAAACAAGUCACCCAAGGAGAUUUCUGUCAGUAAUGUGAGAAUAUAGAGGGACUGUUACAGCAAGUCGCUGUUUAUAAUAGAAACAUAACGUAUAAAGAAUAAUAAUCCAUGUUGAAAUGUGAAUUAUUUGAAGAGUGACGCUCGGAAAUUUGUGUGACCUUUCCAGUGAAUAGUGCUUUCAUGCUCUAAUGAAAUUACAGCAAGCUACAGUACGUCACCUUUCUUUUGAGACAUUGUUGGUGUUCUCUUUUGAGAACUGUGACCUGCCUGGUGCAGACUAUGAUAUACGAGCAGGGGAGUGUUUGGGGACUGAGAGAAGAAAGAGAGGAAGAAAAAUGUCUGGAUUGUUGAGGAAAAACAAACCCGAAGAGAAUUGUGGAUGGUGUUUCAGCUUUUACCGGAUCUGCAGUGGAGCACAUCGCAAAUUGUGAAAUUUCUUUGGCUGUUUUCCAUUGGAACUGGUCCAGGGUACAUCCAAAGGAAUCUCCCAGGACUUUUCUUUUAGAAUUUGAGUAAUAUUGUGUGGCAUCAAAAGUAAAAGUGCAUCUCUGUCUUGCUGCUUUAUGGACUGAAGGACGUACAGGCUGAAUCUGUAACUCCGAUUUUGCUGUUAUUUUUGUUUUGCUUUGAAAGGAGAGCAGCACUUGAAACCCUCCCUUCUGGCCAUCCUGACCACCCAUAAGGCACAAAACUUAGUCAAGCACAGGCACGCAGGAAAACAGGACCCUCUAGACCAAAAACCUUUGCUUUUUUUAAUCCCUUAAAGUAGCAACUCUAGAGCAGGGAGAUGGAAAGAGGACACAACUCUGUCAAGGGAGGGAUCAGCUGGACUGGACACGGUACCACAACCCAUGGUACCAUGAUCUCAUGUGAGGAAAACACAGACAGGAGUGGAACUGAUUCCUGGGAAAAGGAGAAACACAGCUGGGUCAAAGCGAAGCCUCUGCUGACCUCCAGCACUGGUCGCCCAGUGAGGAAAACAAAUCUUGGCCGGAGCGCCAGUUUGUCUGAAAAGGAGCUGAAGGAAGCAAGGACACGAAGUCAGAUCAUUGCUGCACAACUGACUGUGCCGUCGAACCCCAACUCCCGAGGCGUCCAGCUCUUCAACCGCCGCAGAGAGAGAGUGAAUGCCUUCACACUCGUGAGUGUUGCUGGAGAAGGAGAAGGAAGCCACCAAGAGUUCCACAAUGAACCUGACUCACCUUCUCCAAGCGCAUUAACAUGGAACAGGGAGUGUUCGACUGACAGCCAGUUCAAAGACUUGAAACAUAAAAGAAGUGAAACACAGCUCCGGUGGCCUACUGUCGUAACACCCAGCAAGGGACAUAAAAUGGAGGAGGCUGGGGAGGUGGCAUGUGAAGUGGGAGACAGUGUGCAAGAGAGGCAUUUUCUCCCCGUAAAUGAUAAGGAUGAAGAGAUUCCUGAGCAUGGAGAGGCAGGGAAGGAUGUCACCUCUGGUGGUGGCAAUAGUCCUGCUGUUUCUAAUCCUAACCAAGAACGUGAGCAGGAAGUGCAGCUAAAUGGGGCACAUGAAAGCCCUUCGGAGGCUCUUAAAGCCAUCCCAAAUGGAAGCCACAGCACUGAGACCAAUAGUAAAGCGGAUGACUCAGCAUCGAAGCAGUCGUCCAUCACCAACAGGACAGCUCUGCCCUUUUUUUCCCCUGUUACGGUGAAUUCGACUCGAGCCAGCAGUCUCUCUCCAGACAUCCCUCUUGCUCCGUCCUACUCCACUCCUCCACUUCCAGCUCAGUAUGAACCACCUGCUACGGCAUAUUCUGGCCAAGAACCUCCAACUUUUGUUAAACCGGGUUUUGCGGUAUCCUCCAGACAAGUGUUCUCCCCUCCACCUCCAGCUCCUUCGUACCCAACCCCUCCACUUCCCGGCUACACGAGCCUACCUCCAUCUAUCCCAUCUGAUCCUCCUCCACCAUCAGCCAUGUCUCCCCCUCCAUCACCUGCCUACUACACUCCCUUGACCACACCAAGCUCCACCUACGUCCCUCAGAUACUGGCUGACAGGAGGUCAGUGACGCCCAAUCGCACGGGUGUCCUAGAUGAAGGCCGAGGUAGGCGGUCUAACCGCAAGCCUAUGUUUACAUUUCAGGAAAAGCCAAAAUUAUCUCCGAAUCCCGAGCUCCUGUCUCUAGUCCAGGGAACAGAUGAGAAGAAAAGAGGCAGAGGACAGGCAGAAACACCUCAGGAGGAGGAGCAGCUGGCUCUAGGGGCAGAGGCCUCCAAUUUCCUGGUCAAGGAUGAGAGUGGUGUGGAAGAGGCAUUAGUGCCAGAGUGGGCCUCAACACUGAAAAGCUCCAGAACUCGAGCCAGGGUAGAGCACAAGCCUGAGCAAGCCCUAACCAACGCAUCCGGCAAAGGAGCAGAGCUGUUUGCCAAACGCCAGACCAGAAUGGAGAAAUAUGUUCAUGAAAAUGCAGAGGGACUAAGAUCACCUUCUCCCACCACGUCUCUGCCUCCCUCAUGGGUGUAUCCGUCAAACAUGCCCGGCCGCGUCAAGGCCAUGAUUAAUGCCUCCAACAUCACCGCAGAGAUUUCAAAGACUCUCCAUUCCCAGCAUGCCACACAGAAAAAGAAUGUGCCAGCAAAGGCACCAGUACCAGCUCCAGUCCUGGAGAACCCGACAUUGGAGAAUGGCUGCAGUAGAGUGGAAAUGGAGCUUUCCCGGCACCAGCCUUACCAGCUCAAUUCAUCGCUGUUCAUCCUCAACCCAACCAGAGACCCUAUAAGCACUCUUCCCAAAGCAGCACCCCCUCCCAAACCAGUGGUGAUGGGAUCCUCAUACUCCAAACAGACGUCUCUUGCAGCUACCCCUAUCCCAACCCAGUAUGACUCACAUGCCUACAGGUCGGCCCAUUGCUUCUCCCCACCCAUGAUGCCUCUGGAAUCGGUGAGCAGGGGUGGGACCACCCCUGUGUCAGGUUUAGCUCCUGAGCGUGUGACGACUUCUCGGUCAAUCAUACAGGCACCCAAGCCCACCUUCUCAACCAAGAAAGCUGGGAUUACCCCACAGGCCAAGGAAGCCUCUCCAGUUGCACCACAGUGCAACAGCCCCAGUAGCCCAACGCCUUGGACACCCAACCUGUCCCGCCGCCUCAGCAGCACAGACAGAUCCCCAAGUGCAGUGUGGUCCCCCAGCAGCCAGCGCAGCUCUCUGGUCACCUCCCCUCCACCAAGAACCAUGCAUAACCCAAUCAACUCUGUUCCCUCUUCACCAUCACCAAGGUCGAUCCAUAAUUCCAUGACCUGCUCCCCAAACUCAGGCCCUAUUCAUAACCCAGUCACUUCCUCCAUAACACAACAGUCUGCCCAGGGCCCCAUUAGCCCUCCCCCAACCCCAAAACCCUUCCAUAACCCAGUCACUUCAACUCCAACUCCACAGUCCAUCAGCUCCUCCCCAACACCAAAACCCUUCAAAAGUUCUGUCUCCAUUAUCUCAUUGUCCAGGCCCACUAAUAACCGCACCCCCACCACUCCUAUAUCUCCACCUUGGGAAACAAGGUGCCAAUCCCCCAUACCUCUUCAAGACACCAAGGCCAAUCACCGCCUCCUAGCCAAGAACAUCAUCAACGCAGCCAAGCGUAAGAACAGCCUGUCGCCUGGGGCACUAAGUGGCCACAAUCUCCUUAUGUCUCCAGUGAGCAGUACUAUUCUGCCCUUUGAGACCAAACCUCCGAGUCCCUUUCGGUCUCGCUCACUAGGUGCCCAGUCACCCACAUUCACCAGCCCCCCAGCCACCCCCACCCAAAUGAUCCGGUCCCCCCUGCGCCUCUAUACCACUCGCUCACUCACUGAUUCAGAUGCCUCACUGGAAUCAGAGGACUCUGGAAUGCGCUCCCCUGGGGUCCGCAGUCACAACACCUGCCCUCGUGGCUGGUCUGGAAACUUGAGGCUCAAAAGAGGUGGAAUGUCAGAAGACCUGUAGAUUGGAGACAUAAUGAAGAAUGGACAUUGAACGUGAGCUUGGACCAUUCAAUGGAACAGAACAGUGGUCAUCUGUCAUCUUUUUGAAGACUUACUUACUUAUAGAAUUUAAUUUACAACACUUGAUUCAGUUACAACACCUGCCUGUGCUUUUACUAUUCACAAUGUUGGAAACGUUUUCAUGGAAACCAGAAGGACAAGAAGAGUACAAGGCCCUAAAGGAUUACACAGAUUUUAGAGUGACUGAUUUUGUAUAAUACAUAGAAAUAUGACAACUGACAAAUGUUUCAGACUUGGGGUGGAACUGAACACCUCAGGCCAGUCAGUUGGGUUGGUGACCACUGGACUUUAGAGAAUGGACAGAAGAAUGGACUACAAUCUAGGGACCAUAGAAAUUGGACUACAAUCUAGGGACCAUAGAAAAUGGACUACAAUCUAGGAAUAAUAGAGAAUGGAUGGGAGAAAGGACUACAGUCUAGGGAUCAUAGAGAAUGGACAGGAGAAUGGACAACAAUUUGAGAAAUCACAGACAAUGGACAGGAGAAUGGACUAUAAUCUAGGGAUCCUAAAGAAUGAAUAAGAGAAUGGACUACAGUCUAGGGAUCCUAGAGAAUGGACGGGAGAAUGCACUACGAUCAAAGGAUCAUUCAAAAUGGACAGUAGAAUGGACUACAAUAUAGGGAUCAUAGAAAAUGGACAGGAGAAUGCACUACAAUCAAAAGAUCGUAGAAAAUAGAUAGGAGAAUGGACUACAACAUAGGGAUUCAGGAGAAUGGACAACAAUCUAGGGAUCCUAGAGAAUGGAUAGGAGAAUGGACAACAUUAAAGGGAUCCUAGAGAACUGAUAAAAGAAUGGACUACAAUCUAGUAAUCAUUGAGAAUGAUUGAGAGAAUUGGCUAUGAAAUGGAGUAAGACUAAUUCCAAUUUUAUCCCUCUCAUUCCAAAGUGGCCUUUAUAUUCUGAAUGUAAUGCUGGGGGAGUUUGGGAUUUGAUGGAAUGCUUGUGUUGAAUGAUGUUAAUCUGCUUGGAUUUAUGAAGCAAUAAUGAAAAAACCUUUUAUUCUCUCAAUCAGUGGUAUUCAGUCUUAGCCUGGUUUCACUUUUCUGCACACUUUUUUUUUAACGUGCUCUGCCACACCUGAUUCCACUCCUGAUGGACUUGGUAAUGGGAAUGAGUGGAACCAGGUUUGCUGAACGAGGUAAAAACACUAGCCUGUGCAAUAAAAGGGAAGCCCAGGCCUGGCACUGAAUACCUCUGCUUUUAUUGCCUUGCACCUGACUGUUUGUUCUUUUGACAGACUGCACAUUGCAUCUACUUGGAUUUAUUUAACCAAAGACUUUCAAUGGCUUCUGGUGACCAAAGAAAUGAUUGACAUGCGAGUACCUUCAAAACAGUGUUAUAUUUUCUCACUUUCUGCAUUUUGCCUCGUUGACUUUUUUGUUCAUUGUUUGUUUUUUUGUUGAUUUGGGAUCAUUGGAGUGCAAAGGUAUGUAGUUUACUGGCAAUGUUUGUGGUUUGACACAAACAUAGAAGGAAUGGAUUGGUACAAAAUGACUGAAGGUAAUUUCUGAAAGGGUGAAACUCCUGAGUGUUUUGUUAAUGAGAACUGAUUAGGUUUAAUGGCAUUGUUUAUGUCUAUGAAUUAUAUUAUGUGCUAUAAAAGCAGUACCAUGAUAGGUACCUGGCUUUAAAACACAAUUACUGAACUGCACUUUUAGCAAACAGUAAUAAGAAUUGAAUACAAACUAUCUGGAGGAUGAUGGCGAUUUGGCAUUUAAUCUAAUCCACAGUUUAGUGUAUACAGACUCUUGCUUUUACCUAAACAGAAGUUUGUAAUGGAGAUAAGAAGGGCAAUGAAUGUGCAACUUAAGGAAAGUAGAGAUAUGUCUAGAAUGAAGCAUGUUGGAAUUUGUGAAAAAUGUAGAAUCACAGCAAAUGCUUUGACAAAUAUGAAAAUUGUAACGGACAGCCGUGUUCUGUAAUUGCCUACACUUGUACAUUGCCUUUGUUUAAAUUGCAAAAUUAUUUCCAUUUUAGAAGGCAAAGGGAAGUAAUGGAAGAAAAAGAAAUGGCCUUCUUAGAUUGUGUUCAGGGGUGGACAAAUCAUAAAUUCAUUCACUAGCCCAUCAGACAUGUAAAAGCUCCUGUGUUCUGCCCACUAAGCUAAAAGGUAGCCAGCUAGUUAGCUAGUGAAUUGAAUCAAUACAGGCAAAGUGCAGUGAAACUUUUUUGGUUUAUCUGGGUUUAUCUGGGUUGAGUUUCCCAAAAGCAUUGCAGCACAAAAAUCAUGGUUAAAUGGUAGAGUGAGCAUCGAACAUUGAACACUCUCUCUCCCAGUUAAGACAAUCUUAACUAUGUGAUGCUUUUGGGAAACUCAGCCCUAUUUGUCCCGUAAAAACUUACAAAAAUUCUGCUUGUCCCGGAACCCUGGGCUAGUGAUUUGUUCACCCCUCGGGUAAUUUCAAAGUUUUGUAGUGUCCAUACCAUCCAGUUCUGGGAUUAAUGUAAAGGAAAUAAGCAGGUAAUAGAUAAAUGACUAUCUGCAAAAGGAUGACAUUCAGAUUGUAUAUUUAUCCUUUAACUUCACCCGAAGGAAUACUUCACCCUAAAAACAUGGCCAGUGAAUGUAGAUACCAAUUAUCACAAACUGACGUUUGUUCAUUAAUAGAAAGUUGCAAUUUUGGAUGAGAUUCCUUUAAGGGUCAUUAGACAAUGUAAUUUUAUGGCAAAAUCACCCGUUUCUAGAUAUUGAGAGCGUUUUAGAGAUUGAAAAAGCAUGUGUAUUCGUUUUUUUUAAAUACGCAAUAUCACUUUUUGCACUUUUAUGUACUCAGAUGCACAUCCAGUGUACUACAAACAGAACGAAUUGACACUAUUUCUAUAAAUUGCAGACUGUCUCAUUUCUCAUUUGCACUCAGCGCUGUGUACAGUAAUGACAGAGUAAACAUUCCUCACAGCAAACUGCCAGAGGUGUGAAAAAUUUAGUAUCAAAUGAGCAUCAAAUCCCAUCGAGUAUUACAUCUCAACACAUGCAGAAGUGAUUCUUCUUCUGGAGUCGUGACACUCUAUAUUGGUACAUCAGCAGAUUACCGAGUCGUCACUUGCACAUACACCCCUGAGUGACAGGAACACCAGCUGCAGGGUGACUUGGCACCUUGGACCAGAAUAUCAUAUCAGCUUUUCAGCCCCUGCAAAACCAACCCCAGCCUUCAUAUGCACUUCUUCUAGCAGUUCGUGUUUAUUACGUUUUUCAUUUUGGUAUUAUGGAUAUGCAACCAGCAUCUAUGUUUGCUCUUAUGUAAUUUAUAAAUAAAUAAAAAAAUUUAAAAGGUCA